AUGUCCUCAACUGCUUCUGCAUAUAUUGCUUCACGGGAAAGCGGUGGAAAGAACACAACUGACGAUCAACACUCUGAUGUCAUCGAGCCCAAUCACAGCUUGCCAGCGCGGAGGGUGAUUGAAGGAGAAGAAAACACAACAACAACUAUGCCAGAGGAUGCUGCUACGACAGCAGCCAGUGAAGAGCUCAGGCAUACUACAAUAUCGGAUACCCGUGUGCCUGAGUCACGAAACGAACAAUUCUCUGCGAAUGUGGAAGUCGAGAGUGAAGACAAGGAUAUGAAAGAGACGGGCAAAGAAAGCACACCAGAGGCAGAGACUGCCGAUCUGCGAGAUGAGGACAUGAGAGACCGCAUAGCUUCCCCCAAGAAAAAAAGAGGCCGGGAUCAGGACGACGACUCCAAAGAUCUGGAAGACAGCCCUACGAGCGCGUCAGGAUCUGCGGCUGAUGGGGGAGUUGUGAAUGGCAGCCGAACGGAGAGACUGGGACCAGAGAAGAAGCGCCCCCGUGAUACAUCAGAGGACUAUACCAACGUGGGUGAGGAAGAAAUCAAGGUAACCUCGAAGACGGACUCUACAAAUACAUCAACAGCCCCAGUUGAUAACACCGAAACAUCGACGAAAUCCGAUGAGCCUAAAAAGGCGGUUUUUGGCAGCGAUACAUCAACGAAAAAGCAAACUUCGCCGACGGCUUUUGCGAGUUCGGGGUUUGCAUCUCUCGCGGGUUCCAGCACAUCUGGAUUUGGCAGCUUAGGAGCAUCGAAACCGAGUGUUUUUGGAGGUGGGAAGCCGCUUUCUGGGUUUGGUGCAUUAGGCUCGAAACCUGCCGAACCCUCAAAUAAGCCUGCGGCAGCGCUGAGCUUUGGAGGGGGCACAAACUCUGGAUUUGGUGGUCUUGGCGGUGGAGGUAGUAGUGUUUUUGGCUCGAAACUUGGAAAUGGCUUUGCGGGAGGAGCCGGACCGAAACUAUCGAGUUUUGCGGCUCCCGCCAAAGAGAAUGAAAGUGUUGCCCCAAAACCUGCGAAGGCAGUCAAAGCUUUUGGAGCUCCUGAAGAAAGCGAUGAAGACAAAAGCGGAGAUGGCGAGAGUGACGCAGCGGUCGGGUCAGGGGAUGAGGAGAGCAUCCAUCCAUCUACAGAGAAAGAAAAGAAAGCUAGUAAAGCAGCGAAAGUUCAUAUCGAAGAUGGAGAAGCCGGUGAAGCAACGCUGUUACAAAUACGUGCGAAACUCUUCGCCCUUGAAAGUAAAGAAGCAGGAUGGAAAGAGAGGGGUGUAGGAUCGUUGAAGAUCAACGUACCCAGAUCAUGCGUCAGCUUUGACGAGAAUGGUGUGGCAAUUCCAGGGUCUUUUGACGCUUCAGGUCUAGAAGAGGAAGAGGAAACAGAUUCCAAUCUUCCUAAAGUCGCACGUCUCAUUAUGCGGCAGGAGAACACACACCGAGUGGUCCUGAACACUAUAAUCCUGAAGGCUAUGAAAUUUGAAGACAAGCCAGCAACAAAUACCGCCCAAAUCAUAUUUACUGCUUUCGAAGGUAGUACGGAAGCUAAGCCUAUAAACAUGCUUUUGAAGAUGAAUGAAGCAAACGCACGACUCUUCAGAUCUGAGAUCGAUUCCAUCCAACACGAACUAUGA